UAGUUAUCUGUGGUAUCUCGGGGAACAUCACAGUAGUGGUGGUGGGGAACAUUUUGUAACUAAAAACUCAAAAGUCAAAUCGGGGACAAAAUUGCAGUUACAGGAGAAAAUUAAAUAAAUAUCAAAAGAUACGGCCAACAAAAUGUUGCAGAAGUAUCCUCUAAGCGUAUAGAAUUCCUACCCUCAGUUGCCUGUAGGGCGUUACCGUUGGUGUUUACUUCACAGAAUCUAAAUUCUGUAUACACACUACCACCUUGAAUUGAUACUGAUUUUGAAAAAAUUAAGCUAAAAUUGAAUGUAUGAUGCUAUUUUUGUACUAGCUUAUAAAUAUGAGAUACAAUAAACAAGAAUUAGCUGCACUAGCAUCUCAAACGUCGCAGAACUUCGAUCGGGAAGGGGUGUUGGUGCUCAAAGAAAGACAGGAUGGCUUCUUCAGAAGAUCUGAAGGUUGUUCCGUACGAUGGUUUCGUCUGAGAGGCAAUCUCCUGUUCUACCUGAAGGGACCAGAGCCAUGGUACGAGCCCAUGGGUGUCAUAGUACUAGGUCAUCAUCAGAUCAAAGUGCAAUCUCAAGACGAAAAUGGACAUUGGCCUUUUCAAAUAAUUUGGGAGAACGGCGUGUGUUACAAAAUGGCGACGUUCCACGAGUCGGAGCGCACACUGUGGCUGAAGGCCAUCGAGCUGGCGCCUUACGACAACAUCCAGGCUCAAGCCGACGCGCUGAGGGAAAGACUGAACAAAAUCAGGCCCAACUUAGAUAUAGCUACUUAUAGACUGCAGAAAGGAAUUGUGACUGAUAUGAAUGAAGUGCCGCUAUGCGAGCUAGCGUUGUCGUGCGACAAUCUUCUGUGCGACACGCUGGGCAGGCCGCCGUCGCCGGUCGUCGUCAUCUACGUCAAAUACGACAAAGGGCUCUGCGUUAGAUAUGGUGCUACUGAAAUCGUUGAGACAUGCAGUAACCCGUGUUUCUCGAAGACCAUUCUGUUCCGCGCUAGUGACGGGCUCACGGGGUCGGCGUUGGUUCGCAUUGUGGUCUAUGACGUCAAAGAGCGCGUGUCUGAAACCGCAGUACCUAUGGGAUAUACCUCCAUGCUGCUUAGUACAAUACAGGAAGCCCAAAGAAUGCGCGUAGCACUUAUAACACGGGACCAGAAAACAGUCGGCUUCGUCACAAUAAAUGGAUGGAGUCUAGAACCUUCUUACAUCGGCACGAGCCCUAGUCACACAAACGAUAGAAACAGCAUAGAUAUACCUCAAAAAGUGCUGUGUCACCGGCGAUCACAGUCUUUGCCACCAAGAUUAGGCCUGAAGUUAAAGUUCCCGUCGUAUGGCAGUUUGUUAAAGCAGAAUUUUGUGAAUAGCCAUCAAGUCACGUAUAGAUUCCAUUCAGGGUUGGGCGGCGAUAUCACGGUGCACGAAAUUAUGGCUGAACCCAAACUGUGUUUCACGAUGCCGAUACAACUGUUAGAUAUCUACAUUCAGCGAGAAAAAGAGCUUUUAGAAGAACUGCUGUCCGUAGGCGAGAUCUGUGGCCAAUGGCAAUCAAGACAACUGGACCUGGUCAGCACUCACGUAUCGUUACUGAAGCACUACUGUCACUCGCGGAGAUGUAUGCUUAAUAUGGAGAGUCAGCAUUUUAAAGCCAGCAGCAGAAAAGAUGACCCGAGCUUAGAAUUCGCUCCGAUAAACCUGCAUUUACAACGCAUGUGGGUGCAUAAUGACACACUCAAUAAGACCGGCUUCCAUGACAUCGUGACGGCCGGCGCUUUCGCCGCGCACACGCAUAAGGCUGAACGAACGGGGGGAUUGAUAAGGUUAGUUCAACAAGUGAAAGACAUAAACAGUACAAAAGCUGAGCUCAGUUCCAUCACCAAUAAGAUACAGGCGGAGUAUGACAACUUGGUAGCUGUCAGGAGGUUACGCGAAGGCGUCUCUGAAGAUAUGGAGAAAAUUAUAUUGCUGAUGCAAGCGAACCAGCAUUCUGAAAUCGGUGCUGUUCUUGAAGGAAUUAAAAGUAAAGUGAAGAGUUUACUUGCGCAAUGGGAACCAGCUGUAGUUGAAGAAUCAUUAUCAUUCAUCGGUUGGCCAAAAAAUAACCGGAGCGACGAAACUGAUCAUCAGACCAUGGCAACGAUAAUGAGGUUAACAGAACAACUGAGCAUGUUCGACACCAAUUCCGAUUACGACACAUUCGAUGCCUCAUCCAGUUCGAGUUCCAAAGAAACUUCUCCCACUGGCGACACCCCUACCCUUUCAUCGAGCGUCCCGAACAUCUCUGACUACCCAAAAAAGAAACUCCUAGAAACAGAACUACAAUUCCAUAACGAUUACUUCAAGAAUGAUAUUGAGGAGAGAGACCGGGGAGGGUUAAAUCAUUCCUUUAGAUCUGUAAGAUUGUCGAAGCCAAAAAUGGAGGGCCAAAGUCUGUCUUUUGAUUACACGAAGAGACACGGCAGUUUGAGACAUGAUUUCAAAAGCUCGGCGUCGUUAGAGCAAGUGUCGUAUCGAUGCUUGAUUGAUGGCUUGAGAAAUGAUAAGAGAAAGACAUCAGAAUCGAGACGCGAGUCGGGCAUGCUCCCGGCGGUCGGCCAACUAGACCAAGCCACGAGGGAGAAUAACCUAGCAUUCCUGAGAAACGUCGGCACUGUCGUCGAAGACUCGCUCACUUGUCUCGUUGAAGAUUUGAACAAGAUUGCCACGACUAACGCGUCGUCAGAGGAAGAUCUAGAAAGGGUUAAAGGUCUGAUGGACGGCGUAAGGGCGAGUGCAGACGACGCGGCGCGGUGGAUGCGGAUAUCUCACGCGGCUUUGCGGCUUAGAUGCGAGUCGCCGCAGUGGGCUCGUGAGCACGCUGCCUUACAGACUAGACGGGAUACCUGUUUCUCUCAAGCGCUAUCAACAGUAACAGCAGGCCUCCUAUGCUGGCUGUGUUCGAUGCCGGGUGACGUUGUAGCAAAACUCCUCAGUUCGGGCCUAGGCCCUCUCUGUGGUUUCGAAGGCCUGCUCAGUCUAUAUUCUACUGAGAAGGCCAUGUGGGGCGACAUGGUGGUAGCAGUUGAAGAUCUACAAACUGUCGUGUUCACCCUCACUAAAGUUGGACAUAGCAAUACAGCAGUGCCACAUGUGUCGGGAACAAGGGGUGCUCUUACCGUCUUCAUUCCUAUAUCUGAUUCACUUUACACCAAGUUCACAUCUAAAGAGCAUCUAUCCUUCACAAUAACGGCCGUAUUCUUCAAUAUCGGUGUUAAUGAAAAGGCGACGUUGGCCGAAGCUUUGGGUGAAACUACACCACAGUAUCAUUCCAACAGCGAUAAUCUGGAUCGACUGAACAAGUACUAUCAUAAGUACAGCAAAAUAUUCCCCACUGAUCACAUGGCGGCCAGCAGAGCAUCAUCAAGAACUAAGCCACUGGAAGAAGUUAUGGAGACUUUGAGGAUAUGCGUGCACAAGAAGGUUCCCAAGAACGUUGAAGUACUACAUCUGGCAUCGUUAGCAACCAGACUUAUGAAUGGUGUAAGAUUCACAUCGUGUAAAAGUGCAAAGGAUAGAACAGGAAUGUCGGUGACUCUAGAACAAUGCUCCAUUCUCGCUUCUGAGUACCAUUUAGCUGAACACGAGAUGAAGAAAGCUCUGAGCAUUAUGAGAAGUGACGGCUGUCGUAGAGAGAACACGCAGAAAAACAUAGGCAUCAGAAAAUACGCUUUCACAAAGAAACAAGUGAUGGCGCUUCCACUAGACUACAGACCUCCGGCAGGUACUUACGGCUCCACUCAAACGUAAAGGUAUCUUAACGACUAAGGGCCCUUCCCAAUUAUCGAUCUAUCUCUUGUUUUCCUUACUAAAGAUAUGACAUUGUAUGGGGCUAAUGUCAAAAUCUAUCUCCGGUAAGCAAAUUAAAAGUUGGAUGGAAUAUUGGGAACCGCCAUAAACUUACCAUGGUCGUGACAAUCUAAUGUUCCUCAUAUCAUUUGGUUUUGUUUUUGUUGUAUAAGGCCUGAUUUUCCAGUUGUUGAACUAUUUGUCAGUCGAGUAAAUAUGAUGUUUACCGAAAGUAAAAGUCUACUAAAAUGGGCUUUGCGAUCUGAAUUUUCAAUGAGUAGAUAAAACUUUAUAAAUACCAUUAAUAAAAUGGUUGAAAAGUUUGGAAAAUAUGUUUGCACUGUCAUGAUAAAUCUACAAAUAAAAGCGGUUUAAAAACUGGAAAAUUAGUCCUAGAUCAAUUGCAUAGUAUCUUCUAUCUAGAUUAGGAAACAAAAUCUAUCUCGGCUAAAAUCAUUCAAAAUCAAACCAGUUUGCGAUAACUUAGGAUCAAAAACUCGAUGAAUAUAAACAAUGUCUGAGGUGAUGAUGCAGUGAUAUUAAAAUAUAAUAAAAAACCAGUAGUUUUUACUAUUGUAUUCAAAUUGUAUUUAGCCAGUAUAACAAGCAGGUUGUAAUAGAGUUGUAAUCUAAAACACAAAAUAUUUAUCUAGGAACAUUGAAAUAGUUAAGAGACGUAUAUAUUUAACUAUGGAUGAACCAAUUCAAGCGUGGUAUUAUUAUUUAUUAGUAGCUAUGCUGCGAUUAACCGAAUAUAUUAAAGGUCGUAGCACACAUGUCAACUUGUCCCGAUUAGUGUUCGUUGCAGUAAAGAGUUCCAUACAAAUGAUACUGAACGGCUCAUGAAGGAAGGAAAGACAGUGGAGAUGCCAAAAGGAAGAUAGGUUGCUAGAACUAACGAGACGUUCGGAUUCCUUGUCAAAUCAAAACCAAUUUAUCAAAGAUGUUUCUUGAUUGGUUGGUGAUUUUACUUUGAAAAUAAUGGGCGGGUUCCAUAGAAGGCAUGUAAGGGCGGAGCUAAUAACGUUCCUCACUCGAACACCUGCAUUAUGAUGCGUUACUUUCUUAUGGGAUUUUGCGAGAUGACAUCUCCACCAGUCAUUUUGUUCUCCGUGGGACGGCUCGAGUUGACACGCUUAAAAUCCAUGUCGGAGUUGAUGUGUUACGACCCUUGUUAAGAUAGAAUAGACGUCUUCUAGGCGAAUAUUAGAUAUGUAUGGUUAUUUCGCCACGAUAUAUAAAAACCGACUAUUCUAUAACCGAUUCCACUUAAAAUCCUAGUCAACAUCGAUUUAUUAUCGAAAUUGCAACUUUAUGGAUUGAUUGUUCAUAUUUAUUUUUACUUUAUUUUUGCGGGAACUUUAACAAAAGUACUUAAAGACGUGAUGAUCUUGUUCCCAGAACCAGAUAUUUUUUUUUAUAUACUACAAAUAUUAUAGACUGUCGCUAGUAUACUUGGGUUACAAUAUAAUAUUACAUAUUUUUGAGAGUAUUUAGUUUACUUAUUAAGUUUUCUUGGAUCGCUAGUUUUUUUUAGUAUUAAAGACUUUAUAUUGAAAGGAUAAACCGCUGCGGACUUUGUAAAUCUUGUAUAUUCUUAGUAGGGUCACUCCUUAGUACAUUAGAAUAUAUCAUUAAUACAUUUUUUGGCUAUAGUAUGUUUAGUUUUUUUAUUUUCUUUAACACAAAGAUAAAGUAGGUUCAGUACCUAAAAUACGUCAUCUGUAAAUAUCUGAAAAUAACUUAAUUUAGAAAAAGGAGUUUAUCUUUAAUUUUGUCAUUAAAAAGUUUUGACAUCGAACUGUACUGAACUUUAUAAUAGUUAUUUAUAACGACGAUAUAGACCAAAAUCUUCCAACGUAGUUGCCAACAAAAUGUAUUACUUAAAUAGUUGAUUUAUAAACUAUUUUUCAUUGUUAUACAAUAUUGAGAAUUGUGAAACCUGUAUAUUUAUUGUUUGGGAGUUUUUUUAAGUCAAAGAUGGAUUGGUGUUAUGCCGAUACAUCAAGUUUAAGGGAUGUGCAAAAUUAAUGUCAUAGUCAGGCAUAAAUGAACAUUUGGGUACAGUUACUACCACAGAUAACGAGGGGUUCGGCACAUUUAUUUUAUAUGACAAACAUAUGCGUAAAAAGUUUAUAUAGGUACUUUUGCAUUCAUCUCUUCUCAAAGCAACCGGCAUUAAUUUUGCCUUACAUAGCUAAAUAUUCGUAGUGACCAAAGGUCAAAUACAGUAUAACAAAAAAAGUGGCUCCCAUGCCUUGUUUUUUGCAUUAUCAUUGGGGCUCUUCCUCUUAGCUUCAGACCGUACAUAGUUCAUUCAUAUACAAAGAUAGUUGUGCAACAUACAUUUAUUUUAAUAGCAGAGUAAGCGCCCUGAUUAAUUUCAGAUCAUGUUAUGACAUGUUUAAUCUAUGUAUAUUCCAGUACUGAAAAGAAAUGGAAAUAUUUGUUUGAUAUAAUUCCCAUUCCGACCCUUCGUAGCACUGUGUUGUAGGAUCGAAUUUGUCGUAAUACGGACUCAAGUGUCCCAUAUUUAGAGUACCUUAUAGUUAUUCAAGCAGUAUUCAGUAUCAAUUUAAUCUUCCAUAGUAAUAGUGCCAAAAUAUAUUGAAUAGAUUAACAGAUAUUAACAACGUACUUACACUUUACAAUAUGUUAGAAGUAUUACCAAGUAACAAUAGAUUUUUCCACAUCUAUACAAUUGUAGAUAUAAUUUAUAUCCGAAGAAAACGCACUUAGUGAGAGUUUGUAUGAAGUUGUGGUGAAUUCAAGUGAAACGAAACAUAUUCCGUUUUUUUUUUAUUUAUUCAGUCAUCAAAAGUUGUACUUACUGUAAACCGCAAUGUGUUGCAGAGAAUUUAUAUUGUACACCGCCGAAAUCGACAUAUACUGUCAAAUGCGAAACUAAUGCUUUAAUAGAAAUUUACUUAGAAAUGAAAUGAAUAUGUCACUAGUUCAAUAAAAUGCAGGCACGGUAGUAAAGCUACUCUUUGGAGCGAUUGGUUAACGACAUUUUCACAGUUAGAAAGCGUAAAGGCUGACAUCAAUAACAAAAAUAAACUAUUACUGUGACUAUUGUCGCAUUGUCCGUGCGUUUGGGUAGCCUAGACAACAUUCAGUAGCGCAAGUAGUACACAUAGAUAAACAUAAUAAUAUAGGUAAAUAUGCAAUCGACUGAAGAUGAUUUUCUCUAGAAGCAGUAAAUACUUAACCGCUGGGGACGCAUCAGUAGAUAUUUAUAUAUGUAGAAUAUAUUGAGCGAUUUAAAGUAGUGAAAAAACUUAGUGCCGCGGGCGGUACCCCUUCUCUGUGAUAACGAGCCAAAUUAAACAGUUUAAACAGAUAUUUUUGUAUAGCAUAUAAUCGAAGUUGUUAUAAAAAGUCCAAGAUGUAACCUCAAGUUAAAAGGUUAUGUCGAGGGACUGCAAUUGUUCAAAAUAGACGCUUUCCACAUACAUAUAUUAUUGUAGAUUUACCACAUAUAAUGAUAGAAUUUUAACGCAAAUGCUUCCAUCAAAGUUGAAAAGAUGUUAAUGUUACAACUGUCUACUACACUGUAGGUAAUUAUAGAAACACCAACAACUAUACAUUGUUAGCUUUGGUAGAUUUUCAAGUUUAUAUCAGUCAUCUUUGUCCCCAGCGGAGUAAUUGAAAACUCUUUGGUCUUAAUCCCUUUAUAGCUUUCCUUCUAGGAAAAAUCACUAUAAGUACCUCUUGAUUUAAAUUGAUUGUUACUACUGUUAUAUGACUACUUGACUUUGACCUGACUACUUUUAUGGUGAGUUGCACCAUUAACUAUAAUGAUAACCACACCAUUUGAGUUGUCAAAUCGCCGACUUGACCAAUGGGCGGUAAGUUUACGGCUGGUUAUGGUUUGAUUUUCGUUAUAGCUGAAUGGUGCAACUCACCCUUUGCAUUCUAUUGCUAGUAUUAAAGAAUUAAGUUGUAUUCUACUUCUAAUAGUAUCUUCUACUAUAAGUUACUUACCUAUUUUUACUAGUAUUCCACUACAAACUACUGUUAUUUCUUCUUAGUUGAUAUACGUCAGAAACAUGUGUUUCAGAUUUGUCUUUUUUCUUCGAAACUGUUGGUUCUUUUUAAUAUUUAUUUCGGAGUUAACUUUUCCAAAUAUUAUUAUUUAUUACGUAUUUCUCGUAGCGGGUAAUUAGUAAAGAUAGUUUGUAGAUGUCGGGGCAAAAUAUUGUAUGGUUUAUUACCGGAAUAUAACGGACAUGAUAAAGUUAUAGGAUGUUCUAUCUUUUUGUGUAAACAAAACUACCUUUUUUUGUACCUCUGUAGCAAGACUUUAAAACCUUGUAAUUUCCUUUGGUUUCAAUAUAUUUUAAUUUCUUCUUCUAAACGUACAUUUUUGUAGCUUUAUGUGUAAAUAUGUUUGUAUUUAGUGUAACAUCGAUGUAAGUGGCGUUCGCUACAUUUAGGAUUAGUUGUAUGUAUAUAAAAUGCGCUGUUUUGUCAUAUUAACACUAUAUUACAUAUAUUAUCUUUCUUAUAAAUUAUUAUUUACAUGAAAUGAAUGGCAUAUGAAACGAUUUUUUUGUACUUUAUGUCUUGUCGAUAAAUAUUUAUGCAAUAUUUAUUAAAAUAUAAAAAUAUAUUCUAUUAACUACAAUGUCAAUAUUAACUCAUAUCUCAUUCAUAAUUGGGUAGAGUUUCUAGAUUUCGAAAGUGGUUUAAAUCUCAAUAUGCAAUUCUUAACAUAUGGAGUAAGUUAAGAGUAUUGAUGUAUGUACUGACGAACAACGAAGUUUUUGCAAUUAAUUUAUAAAGGGAAAUAUUUUAUACUGAUUAGGUUAUAAAUCAUAUGCAUUCCAGCAAACAAGAACUUAGAAUUUUUAAAUUCUAACGUUGCAUUGCUUUAGUCUUAUUGGUAAAAAAAUACACUUGGUGAUUUCGCCAGCUAUUUACAAUUAUACUUUAGUAAAGUGAUUUUUUGUAAGCUCUUUUCUUAAUUUCACAAACGUAGUCCGAAAGUCAUUACUGUGCAAUAUUUUAAAAGGGAAACAAAGUGCCUCUUAAGCCACAUGCGAUUCAAAUUAACUGAUACUCGUACAUCGAGAUAUGUGUAGUAAUAAUAUUUUUUACUCAAAGUUUCAAAGUGACUAUGACUUAAUACUAAUGUAAAUAAAACGAAUCCCGCAGUGUUAAAAUGACAAAACAACGUGAUAAUAAAAUAUGUCUUUGUUGUGCGUUGGCGAUCCACUACAGGGAUCCAUUGGAUGGUCAUUUAUCAACUCCAGUUGUUUUGAGCCCUCUCUAGACAAUCAAUAAAAUUGCGCAACAUUACGAUCACUGCAAAAUCAACCGAGUAGUGAUAAUGUUGAAGAUUGCGCAAUGGUUUUUAUUGUAAUAUUGCACAAUGUUCAAUUGUUCGUCUAGGGGACGCCUUACGUAGGAAUGUCUAUGUGAGUUGUUUGAAAUUUCACCUCAGCUUCAACCUCUUUAGCGGGCCGCCAACGGAUUGCCAAUAACUACGUAUAAUUAAUUUAACAGUAAAGUGUUAUACCUCAAUCAGUAUUACACAUUUUGGUAAAAAAAUACAAUCAUUAUAUUUAUUUGGAACGUUCUUUACUUUAGUGUAACAUAAUGUAGUUACUUUAUGUACAUAUGUGUAAUGUACUUUCUUUAUAUCAAUCUGUGUAAUUAUGUGUUUAGUUUGCCACUCUGUAAAGGUGGUACACGUAUUACUAGCUUAUUUUCGUUUUACCCUUAGUCUGUCCGCGAUGUACUCAAAAACCUUCUAUUUGAAGUCUUCAUUUCUUAGGAGUGCUAAAUAAAGGGGUCGUGCUGAGUCCCACUUGCUUUUGUUUUAACGAAGAGUUUGGCCUCGUCGGAAAACCGAGCGUAAGGUAUCCAUUACUGUGUACUUACUGUGGUAGAGAUACGUAGCCCGCCUUAAUACUUAACAGAACGUGUACAGCGUGUACCAUACAUAUGUAUCCUUAUAAUGCGGAUUUCCAUAACCUAUCUGUGAGUUGUGUUGCGAUUACUGAUUGAGUUUUGACAUUAGCUCCAUAUAAAUUAUGUCAAGUAUUUAGGAUAGAUAGGUUCUAGAAAUCCACUUUUAGUAUUACAUAAUUCCAAACCUGGACUGUAUUGUACUACUAAGACUUAAGAAGAUUAUGUAAAAAGAAAAGUUUAGGAGAUAAUUCAUCUAAACAAAAGAGGGUUUUCUGCUGAAUCCGUUUCGGGAGAAACGCCAUAUUUAAAAGUGCUAUAGUUUAUUCUUUUUGUAAUUUACUCAUUUUUUUAGAUUAUAUUUUCAAGUAAAUGUUUACGUUAUGUUAUGUGGUUAUAUUUGUCCAUUUUUAAAACACGCUGUGUGUGUGUUUUUUAAAUAUUUCACAAUUCUGAUUGUACUUAAUUAUUACCUACUCUAGUUACUUAAAAUUAAUGUUGUGUUUGUAUAAAUGGGGUAACUAUGUGCCAUCCGGAGUUUAGAGAUUUUUUGGUACAAAUUAUUGUAAUUUUUCUUUUAUAAUUUAUUUAGACUUAACUGUAAUAUAAGGGUGAAUUGAAAGUAGGAUUCAGCUAGGCCAAAAUUAUAAACGUUACAUAUAGGAAUGGAGGAGUUGAAAUCUUAGCGUACAAAAAGUUAGCAUCGAAUUCCUAUUAAAACCUGACUUGCGUCAUUAAACGAUAGCUGGGAUGUUUUUCGAAAAAUACGUUAUUGUUGUGCAUAUUAUGGUGAAUUAUUUCUGUAUAAAAUAUUUUCCGGAGCUGGGGUUUUCUUAAAGGUUGUUACGUGUUUUAAACUAACGUUGAUUCUAACUAAACAUUAGUAUUUUUGUUAUCCUGGCUGUCUCCUCAUGUUAUCAUAAAUAAGUUUACUUCGCACUGGAGAAUGUCUUCCCAAUUAAAAGGCUUUAUUUAAUUUGUUUAAAGUAUUCAUUAUAUUAUUUACGAAGUGUUGUAAUAUUAUGUACCUAUGUCACUACGCGCGAGCUUUACAUGUAGGUAUGUUAUGAUUCUUCUAUAAAGAGUGCUUAUCCAUUCAUGUUAAUAUAGAGCUAUAUACUUAACAAUAUUGACUGAAUCAUUUUAUUAAUAACAUCUUUGUAAUAUUCACUUAAUUAAGAUGAUGGAACUUGGGCUGUCAAAUCUAUCGAUAUCUUUGAAUAACAUUUUCAUUAUGAAUUAAAGAGAUAGAAGGGUAAUGGUUCAGACAUUAAGAAAAUUGUAUCAGUCUUUAUUUUGUCGAAUUCAGAAAACACGUGAAGCUCGCGCCACGAUUAGCAAGAGAUCUGUCAUUAUAUAGUUCGUUCUUAUUUCUGGAUUAGGCUGUGAAUCUGUAUGUGAAUCAAGUGAUUAAUAAUAAAUUAUUACGUUGCUUU